UACAGUCAGAGGCGGCAUUGUCUUCUCUUGAUCACAGACAACCUCAAUUUCAGGAACAAGGGCUAGAGAAAGAGAGAAAAAAUGCUAGAGUUUCCAGGAGGAGUAGUAGCAGUGGUGAGCUUAGUAUUAGCCGGCCUAUGGAUAUGGAGGGCUUUCUCGCAGAAAUCCUAUGACCCCCCGACGCCUCCGGGGAGUUUUGGGCUCCCAUUCCUGGGAGAAACUCUCCAUCUCUUGUACAGCAUGAAAGCAAACAGUCUAUCGGAAUUCUUCGAGUCUCGCGAGCGAAGGUAUGGUCCUGUUUUCAAGACACACCUGUUUGGCCGCCCCACGGUGGUCCUAAGCCCUCCUCUUGGAUUCAAGUUUUUGUUCUCCAACCAUGGCAAGCUCGUGGAGAGCUCCUGGCCAGCGCCAAUGAAGAUGAUCAUGGGUGACAAGAGCUUGUUCUUCAUGGAGGGCCAGAGAGCCAAGAGCUUCCGUCACAUACUUAUGGCGUUCCUUGGCCCCGAGGCAAUGCGAAGGUAUGUCGCAAGGACCAGCUCCAUCGCCCAGGCACACAUCGAGAAGUUUUGGCUGGAUGGAUCGGAAGUUCGAGCAUAUUUUCUUGUUAAGAAGGCCUUGUUCUCGGUGGUGUUUAACUUGUUCUUGAGCAUACAAAACGAGGAGGAGGAGAGAGAGCUCUUGGUUCCAUUUGAGGAGUUUUUGCACGGCUUACUCGAGCUGCCCAUCAACUUUCCCGGGACCAAGUUUCGGCAGGCAAAGCUUGCGACGGGCAAGAUCUUUGGGAAGCUGGACAAGUUUAUAAACAAGAGAAAGGUGGAGCUCCAGGAAGGGAAGGCGUCGGCUGAGCAAGAUUUGCUCAGCGUUCUUUUGACAACGAGGGGAGAAGAUGGAGAGCUCAUGAGCGAAGAAGAGGUAAAGCAAAACAUCCUCAUGAUGGUACUGGCCGGGCACGACACCACUGCUAGCACUCUGGCGGUCUCCAUGAAAUGCAUCGCUGAGAAUCCCUGGUGCUACGAUCGACUUCGACAAGAACAUCUUGCCGUAGCUGCUGCGAAGGAUUCGAGCGAGCCACUCCGUCUAGAAGAUCUCCAAAAGAUGAACUACACCUGGAAAGUUGUCCAGGAAGCCAUGCGUCUGGUCCCUCCAGCGCUGGGAAACACGCGGAUAGCGAUCACACACAUGACCAUCGAGGGCUUCACAGUUCCAAAAGAUUGGCGAUUCAUGUGGAGCGUCUUCCAGAGCAACAGGAGGAGCGCGUUCUUCCCUGAGCCGGACAAGUUUGAUCCGGAGCGAUUCAACGGGAGCUCGGGCUUGAUCCCAUACACGUACGUUCCAUUUGGUGGAGGCCCUCGCAUUUGCCCCGGGAAUGAGCUCGCAAAGAUGCUCCUCCGCGUGUUCUUGCAUCAUCUACUCACCCAGUUCCAGUGGUCGCUCCUCGAUCCAAACGAGCACAUCCAAAUGGCUCCACUCGCAGCUCCGGCCAACGGCCUCCACAUCAAACUCUCCAAAAAUCCAAUAUAAUCCCUUGGAUCUUGGAAACCAUAAACUAUAUCACUCGAUCUUGGAACCAGAGCAUCACACUUUACUACCAUUUAUAAUGUUUUUCCAUGAAUGUAUCUUUCUUACGGAAGCUUCAAAAUCUUGGAGCUAAAUCCAGCCACCUUACAUAUACGUGUACGCCUACGGUCAUACGGAUAUGAAAUCUGCCGCCACUUAUUGCCGUC